ACUCAAUGAAAAAGUUAUGUCAUUUACAGCUGUUGAUGUAAAGUUUUUUUUGUCGCAUUAGCAGCACAACGUAAAAAUGUCAGCUUUACAAAAAUUGAAACCUUUACUGCUGACAGAGGCUGUGGCAACAAACAAAUAUGCUUCUUCAGCUAUACACACCACAGCAAGUUGUGCGAAAACUCAAUCAGGCCGCUAUCGCAUAACCACAAAACGCGACAAACCCUUAACUUAUGAAAUGGCCAAUCCCCCUCAUUAUAUAGCUCAUCGUAAAGCCUGGAAUUCUUGGAAUACUUCUACCAUGCUUGAUGGUUUGCGUCCCUCUCAAACGGCCAUUGAGGACGUCUUUAUACGCAAGUUUUUAACCGGCACUUGGCACUCUUUGGUGUGCUCAGAAGUCAUCAUUAAGCGUCAACAUAAUACAAUACGUAUAGCAGCUAUCAUUCGACAAGCUAUAAGUGCUCGUAAAAUGUACUUCCUUAUUGGUUAUACCGAGGAACUAUUAUCAUAUUGGCUACAGUGUCCCGUAACACUUGAAUUGCAAACAGUACAAGAUAGAAAAGAUGUUGUUUUCAAGUAUAUUUAAGUGAAUCGUUAAUAAACUAAAUUUUAAACAUAAA